CCUUCACCAGAAAUCUUCCCACACCUGAUUGCGCUUCAGCUCGCUGGCGACAUGGCCGUGUGUCGAUCCCCUUCGUAUGCCGAGACGCGUAACUGUGUGGUGAAUGGAGUCAUCAGCACCGCCUUGAGCGAGUCCUCCUCUAUUUACAGUGAUUUUAAGGAACUACCUGCAAUUGACAGUGACUCCAUCAGCUGCACUCAUGAUCCAUUUAACAUAAUCGAAGAGUCUUUGGAUCAUUGUGACAACAUGCUUCAAACAAGUGACAACAAGGUGGCCAAUAACCUCAUGGACAUGGACCAGGACCCUCGCAAACGGCUGUGUUUCGCUGAUGGCCGAAGAAAAGUGGACUAUGUGCUGGUCUACCACUACCGAAAACGUUCCUCUGUCAGGGGGUCCCCUAGUCAACAUAGACUGUCCAUCAUCUCCAAUGGUAGUUAUCCUUUAGGAGUGGAGGACAAAGACCUAGAGGGAGGGAAGGAUGAACCCGCGGAGGUGGUGGUGAACAUUGGACCAACAGACCCAGCCGAUGGGGAGAAGAUCAUGAUCCGAGAGGAGUUUGAGAGCAAAUUAAAAGAUGCAGGGCUGGAAAUUGAGAGUGAUAAAGAGAACAAGGUCCAUGGUCAUGCCUUUAUCCGACUUCAUGCGCCUUGGCACGUGUUGAGUAGAGAGGCAGAGUUUCUCAAGAUCAAGGUGCCCACCAAGAAGAGUUACGAGUUAAGAGAAGAUAAAGGUCUGGCUGCCACCAUGAAUGAAGUGUGGAGGAAGAUAAAUCAACCAUUUCAACCAAAUGUCCCCCACCAGGAGCAAGAGCAUAGCCGGACCAAGUUCCUCUCACACUGCUUCUCCCGGGACAAGCUCCACCUGUACAACAUAAACUCAAAGGACACGUUCUUCGACAAUGCUACAAGGAGCCGAAUAGUGUAUGAAAUCCUCAGGAGAACAGCCUGCACACGGACCUGCCAAACCAUGGGUAUCACCACGCUAAUAGCUAAUGGAGUUUAUGAUUCAGCAUUCCCGUUACAUGAUGGAGACUUUCGGCCCACUGGACAAGCCGAUGGAAAGAAUGACAGACAGUUGUUACAAGAUGAAUGGGCGAGAUAUGGUGCUUUUUACAAGUAUCAGCCUGUUGAUCUUAUCAGGAAGUACUUUGGGGAGAAGAUUGGUCUCUACUUUGCCUGGCUUGGUCUCUAUACUCAGCUGCUGAUGCCUGCAUCUGUGGUGGGCAUCAUUGUGUUCUUCUAUGGCUGGGCAACUGUGGAAACGAACAUACCCAGCCAGGAGAUGUGUGACGAAGAUCAGAACUUCACCAUGUGUCCCCUCUGUGAUCGGUCAUGUGAUUACUGGCAUCUGAGCACAGCGUGUGGCACAGCGCGUGCCAGCCAUCUCUUUGACAACCCUGCCACCGUGUUCUUUGCCAUCUUCAUGUCCCUCUGGGCUGCAAUGUUUCUAGAGCACUGGAAGCGCAGACAGAUCAGUCUGAACUAUAGCUGGGAUCUGACAGGCAUGGAGGAGGAGGAGGAACACCCCAGACCCAAAUAUGAAACGAUACUGCUUCAGAAGAGGCAGAGGAAGAAGAAAAAUAAGAAGAGCAAAAAUGAGUCUGAGAGAGGUGUGGAAGAGAGCGGAGAGCUGGGCAAGGACAAAUGGAGACAGAGGUUACUGUCAGCCAUGGCUGCUGGGAAUCCGCCUGGACACGAGAAGCUAACAUGGAGGGACAGACUACCUGGAUACUUUAUCAACAUUUCUUCCAUUCUCUUCAUGUUUGGAGUGACAUGUUCUGCCGUGUUCAGUGUUAUCAUUUACCGCAUCACAAUCUCCGCCCUCAUGGCGAUGAGCCCAGAUCCAGAGGUCAAGUCUAACGUGCGGGUGACCGUCACAACCACUGCUGUCAUCAUCAAUCUGGUGGCCAUUCUCAUUCUAGAUGAGAUAUACGGCAUGGUGGCUGUCUGGCUUACAGAACUGGAGAUCCCCAAAACAGAGACGAACUUUGAGGAGCGUCUGAUUCUGAAGGCUUUCCUCCUGAAGUUCAUGAAUGCUUAUGCACCCAUCUUCUACGUGGCCUUCUUCAAAGGGAGGUUUGCAGGCCGCCCCGGUGACUAUGUUUAUGUCUUCAAUGACUACCGUAUGGAAGAGUGUGCUCCUGGAGGCUGCCUGAUUGAACUCUGCAUUCAGCUCAGUAUCAUUAUGUUGGGGAAGCAGCUUAUUCAGAAUAACAUCUUCGAGAUUGGCAUUCCAAAGCUGAAGAAGCUGUGUCGCACCCUGAAGGACAAGGAACGGGCCCAGGAGAUUAUGGAGCAGCCGGGACGCCGCCAACAGUGGUACCAAGAUUACGACCUGGAGCCGUUUGACGGUCUCACACCUGAAUACAUGGAGAUGAUUAUUCAGUUUGGUUUUGUGUCACUAUUUGUGGCCUCAUUCCCACUGGCUCCACUUUUUGCCCUCCUAAACAACGUCAUUGAGAUCCGUCUUGAUGCCAAGAAGUUUGUCACAGAGCUUCGAAGGCCGGAUGCCGUGAGGGCUAAAGAUAUUGGUAUCUGGUACAACAUUCUGAGUGGUAUGGGCAAAUUCUCAGUCAUCAUCAAUGCAUUUGUCAUCUCCUUCACGUCAGAUUUUAUCCCUCGCCUGGUCUACCAGUACAUGUACAGCGAGACGGGCACCAUGCAUGGCUUCAUCAACCACACACUCUCUUUCUUCAAUGUCAGCAACUUUAAAGCAGGAACUAUACCAAACAUCUCCAGUCUUGGCAAAGACAUCACAGUCUGCAGGUACAAGGACUACAGAGAACCACCGUGGUCGUCUGAGCCUUACCAAUUCUCCAAACAGUACUGGUCGGUGCUAGCGGCUCGGUUAGGCUUCGUCAUAUUGUUCCAGAACCUCGUGAUAACCAUGAGCAUGCUGGUGGCCUGGGUGAUCCCAGACGUGCCCAAGAACAUCAGUGAGCAGCUGAAGAAGGAGAAGACCCUUCUAGUGGAUGUCUUCUUGAAUGAGGAAAAGGAGAAGCUACAGCUUAUUCAGAGCUUGUUCUCCAAAGACCUGACUCAAGAACAGCAGGAGGAGCUGCAGGUCUCAGAUCAAGCCUCUCAGCUCUUCCAGCAAACCAACUCUGGUCCGGCCCUUCCCGCACCCGCCCCAGCCCCACCCCCGGCCGCCACAGCCCCUCGCACCCGACCUCGUGCGGCAAGCUUCAGCCAAUUCACCCGUCAGAUGUCCAUGUCUCCCCGCAGUGACAUCACCCAGCAUACAGCCGUGUGAGGGAGGUCGGGUGAGAGGACGGGUGUGAGUCUACCGGUGGAGUGACUUUAAGAAUAUCUGAGCGCUGGAUUUGAGGAUUUGGAUUGGGAGGGAAGUUUGAGGCUCUGUGUUUGGAGUUUUAGGAAUAUGGUGCCCUCUUUUCCGUGGAACAAGGUCGCUCUUCUUUUGGUUACUGAACUGUAUGUUUCAAUGUCUGUCUACAGGCUCCAUGUCUGGUUUUUGAACCCUCGGAUGUCUGUUUUGAGGGACAUCUGACACAUAAACUUUGCCACAGAGCUGAGCUUCAAUAGGACCGCUUGCAAAUGCAAUCUUUCCAUACGCGUUGGCGUUUGACAAGCACCAGAAUGCAAACGGAUGCUGGAAUCUGAUGGUCUCACAUCCAGGGGGCCACUUGAAGUCCUUGGAAUAUUUUCUCCCCUGAUCUGUUCCUGAUCUGGUCUUAAAUGAGUGUUUGUCGGCACAAACUCAUAGGAGUCACAUACAGACGUUGCAUAAUCUGUAAAUGCUGUCCAAAAGCAAAGUGCUUUGCACAUGUUCAUGAGAUGUAGCAUAUAAUGGCAAAUAAUAACCUUUCAUUUUCUCAGGUAACAGCAUCACUUGUAGGUUGUAUUUGUUCUAAUAAAUAUGACCGUUCUUGAUUUAAUAAAGAGUAUGAUACAUGUUAGUUUAAAUAAGGUGCAAGAACACAAAUUUAACGUGCAAUGAAACUACAACGUAUUCUGUGAUCUCAAACAUGUGGCGGAAAUGUACUGUUUUGUCUUUUUAUAGAUACAGCCCUCUCGUAAUGUAACACAUGAACUGAACUCCAAUGUACAAGCACGAUUAAGGCAACAUGUAAUUAAACUCAUACAUUUUGUCAAUCCAUAUAUUUAUGCUAUCCCUCCUGAUGUACAGGGCUGCUACAGUAGAUUCAGAUCACACAGCGUUAGCUGUAUAAUUGAUUGUGGAGCAGCUGGUCUUUUUGUGCCAUGUCAACUAUUAUCCUCCUGUGGGUUUGCCGUCACCAGUGCGGGAGGGUGGGGGGUAACUGUCAUCCAGGGAGGAAAACAGGGAAGCAGGGAUGGAUGUUGUGUGCCAACAUCUGGCCAUCAAAUCAUCAUUCUCUAUGCCUCAUAGGACGUAAUACUCAUGCAGAAAAAUAAAUAUUUAAUCCCAAUUAUGCGCAGGUGGAUUCUCAUUCUUGCCCUCAAGGCCUUGUACUACGAUUCCCUGGGGUCAAUUAAUUUGUGUUCCUAACUUCUAGCAGCUGCGCAGGUUGUUUGUUAGACUAAAGGGGCGUUCACACUGUUCUGUUUGCAUUGUACUUUAAGUUUAGUUUAGUUUUUGUUAGUUUUCCCUAGGGAUGUCACAAGUAAUUGAGUUCAAUAGUAGAAUUGACUGGUAAAAACACUACUCGAAUAUUGCAAUUUGAUUUACCUUUGCCUGUCAUGGGUAAUGAUGAAACUGCUUCUGAAUAAAUCUGCCAUUAAAACUCGAUUGACUGGUUAGUGCUGUGGUUUCAUGACAUUGUUAAAGGAAUAGUUCACCCAAAAAGAACAUUCUGUCAUUAUUUAAAGCGAUUAUCAAUUCAGAAGACUUGAAAUGUUUGAUUCUGUGUGUGAGUGCAAAUGUUUUUUUUUUGUAUUAUUUAUCUAGCCGUUGUUGUUUAUGCAUCAAUGUUUUAUAAGGCUGAAGGUUGAAUUUAAGAAUUACUUUUUUGAAUGUGUUAAUUCAAAACACUCGACUACAAAAUUACUUGAAAUGCCAAUCCCGAGUUUUCACUUUUAGCUUUUUUUUUGUGUUUUCUACUUUCAGUUUAGUUUGUUUUUAUUUUAGUUUUAGGAUUUUGGGGCUAGCGAGUGAAAUGUUCAUGUUUAAAUGAGUAUUCCGGGUUCAAUACAAGUAAAGCUCAAACUUCAGCAUUUGAGUCAUAAGGUUGAUAACCACAUAAAUGCAUUUCGAUUUGGCCUCUACUUUUUAUUUAAAAAAAGCAGAAAUUUGGGUUCCAGCGAGGCACUUAAAAUGGAAGUGAAUGGGCCAAUCCAUAAACAUUAAAAUACUCUGAUUCAACAAUAUAGCCACAAGACAAUAUGCAGGUUAAAAACGAUUUUAGUGUGGUAAAAUUGCUUGCUAACAUUCGCUGCGUAAAGUUCUAUCCAAUUUUACAACUUCAUUGCCUUGAUGACGUAAAAACAACCAUUAAAACAACUUUACAGCUCAAAUUGCCUAAGCUAAUAUACAAGUUUUCACAGAUGAAUAAUUUAAGUGCUUUUAUACAAUCCUAAGACUUACAUUUCUGCCUUUAAUCCCUCCAAAAUUUGGCCCCAUUCACUUCCAUUGAAAGUAUUUUACUGUAACCUUGAUUUUUGCUUUUUAAAAGAAAAGGAGGGAUGAGCAGAAAUUACUUUUUGUGGUAAUAAACAUUAUGACACAAAUGCUGUCGAUUGAGCUUAACUUGUAUUGAGCCCAGAAUAUUCCUUUUAAUGAAGGCAGGUUGUGCAUUUUUUAUAU